GAUACAGUUGUGCAAAUAAGGCAAAGUUGCGACUGCGGUGAAAGCGUGAAAAGUGCGCCGUGGCCGCGACGCCCGCACCCACCCGCUGUCAGGCAUCGCGAUGCGAAUUGUCGCCGAACAAAGCAGCCACGAGUGCAUAUCAGUACUCCGACACCAUCCGCGUUCCCCGCCGCCAGAAACCAACAACUUAGGAACGACUGCCGUUGAUGAUCGUUGAAAAUGUGAUGCGUCACGUGGAGAACGCGCUAACGAAAGAGAAGGAGAAGCAGACUGCAUCAGAUACUCCACCACAGCAGUCUGAAACUUCGGAGAAGUCUGAAAACGACAAAGAUAAAGAGCGCAAAGAGAAGGAACGGAAAGAUCGUUCACCGCGUAGAUCCAGCAAAAGGCGAAAGGCAACACGAUCAAGCCCAGCCUACAGCGAUAGCGAUUCUUCGCGUAGCAGCAGAAGUCGGAGUCGGUCACCGCGGCGAUCGCAUCGAAGGCACCGAAGGAGUCCACCGAAAAAGCGCGCAAGAAGUUCCAGCUCGUCGAGUCGUGGUACUUAUGACGAUUUUGACUUUGUUCUUCCUGAAGAUGAGUGUCCAUUUGCUUGUAAAAAAUGCCAUCGUGGUUUCUACACCAUAAAAGAAUUAGCUGAGCACGAGAUUCGUGCACACGAUAUGAAGAUUCCCUGUCCUCACUGUGAUAAGAAUGCUGUUUCUAUAACUAAACUAGCUGCUCACAUGCUUUUCCGCCACCCAGCUAUGGAAGUAUUGUGCCACUAUUGUGAUCAGAAGUUUGGAAAUCCCGCUGAGAAACUUGAUAAAACAGCUUGGGACGAUUUUCGCGGACAUGUUUACAAGGAGAUACUGAAGAAAAAGAUGUAUGAACAUUCCUCUAAGGCGAGUGGAGCGGCGAGCGAUGCAGUUGCUCUGCGAGGCGUCGGCAGAUGCCCGCACGGUGCAGCCGUGAAAUGCAAAAACUUCCCAAACUGUCCUGGCGCCAAGUGCAUCUACUCUCAUGGACAAUGCCGCUACGACAUCACUUGCAAUAAAUCGUCGUGUCCCUUUGACCAUUCAAAUCGACCACGUGUCUGCAUGGCGUGCAUAAACGAUAUGAAGGGCGAUCGCAACCGUCGGCGAUACUAAUUGGAGUGACGCAGAUAUAUCUAUCGUUUGCAACAAAGCAGUCCUACCGUACGUAUAUAUGUGAUCUCUAUGAAUUAUGAUAAGUAGUGCUUUUGCAUUACAUGAGAUAUUGUGUGGUGAGAUAGUCCAAUCAGAUAGGCUGAUUCAAAUGAUUUCUUUCUGACUUCUAGUAUUCUGAUGCCAAUGACUAUUUCUUUCGUAAGCAGAGGGGCAGCGAUGAUUCGGACAUUUCCCUCUGUUCAUCCUAUAUUUCUACGGUUGUAUCUUUAUUCGCUUUUUAGCUAUAGCUAUAGCUUUUAUUAUACAGAUUAUUUUAGUGCUGUUCUAACCUAUCUGUGGAGUAAAUCUGAUUUGAAACCUCACGCAAAGUUGUGACUUGAUGUGUAGGAUUCCUGAUAACACUUCUGCACUUGGUUUUGACAUGGAUUACCAAUGUUUUUUGUUCGUUGCUUUCUUAGCUGGGUUCUGAUAACCAUAGUGUAUGCUCAUAAAGCAUGAAUCUGACUCUUUCGACUUGAAUAAGGUUUGGUAGUGGAAGCCUUGGUCGACUUUCUGUAACAUGGCAAAAUGAAAAUGAC